GGGCAAUGAAGUAGGGGAGAAAGGCUGCAUGGUGUGCCCCCCAGGGCACCAAGGGACCUGCUAUUCCCUCAACAGCUGCUGGAGAUGCCAGAGGGCCCAUCGGUGAGGAAGUUCCAGCUGCUGACCUCCCCUUUUGUAGGACAAGUGGUGGUCAAGGUGGGGGGAAGCAGCCGGAAGAUCAAUGUGAAUGACCUGAAUGCCCUGAGGCUCCAGGACUCCCAGGUUCAUGGGAAGAACUUGUACCUGGCAUUUGUGGCAGCUGAAGGUCCCUUAGGACCAACUGCAGAAGAGUCAGUGCUGCAAACAGAGGCGGCUAGUGAGGCAAGUUCUCCUGCCCAGGGAGGGCAAGAACAGGUUUGUGCUCCACAGAUACAUCCCCAGGAUAAGGAGCUGCAGGAACUCCAGCACUCAAGAUCUGAAGUCCCAGAUACAGCAGAGGGUCCAGGCAACUGGCUGCGCUUCCACUUUGGCUUGUUUGGCAGCAUUCGGGCAAAUGAGUUCUCAAGAGCAAACAAAGCCAAUAAGAGGGGGGACUGGAAGGACCCUAUACCCAGGCUGGUUCUGCACUUUGAGAGUGGAGGCUUCCUUGUUUUCUACAACUGCCGAAUGUACUGGUGCUCUUCUCCAAGGACUGAUCCUGCUUCUGACAUACUGUCUGUGGAGUUCCACCGUGGCCGGGCGCUGGAUGCCCUCCGUGCACCCGAUCCCAUCUGCUAUACCCUCUUAGACCAAAGAUAUUUUUCAGGGCUGGGGAACAUCAUUAAGAAUGAGAUCUUGUACCUGGCCAAGAUCAAUCCGUUAACACAAGGCUCUCUCUUGGCGCUCUCGGAUCUGGAGCAUCUGCUUGACUGUGCCAUUCAGUUCAGCUCUGACUGGCUGCACAGCAAGCUGCGUGGCAAAGGGCUGCACCCUCAGAUCUACCAGAAGGAGCAGUGUCCCCUCGGGCAUGCAGUGAUGAAGGGAACUCUUGGACCCUCAGGUGGCUUUAAGAGACUUACAUGGUGGUGUCCUCAGUGCCAGCCUGCAGUGCUGUCAGGGGAUGGGGAUCCUUCCCCAGUCACCGAGUGACCUGGCUUU